AAACAGGAAGCGUCUCUCUUGGCACAUACUUGUCUGUGUCACUAAAAUCUGUUAUGAAACUACUAGACUGUAGCUGCAGUAAAAUUGUUGGCUUCUUCACCAUUUUAGUUGCUUUGAUUGCAGCUGUGUUCCAUCAUUUGGAGAAUUCGGAGUGUACCGAAGUUACGUUUCCCAGAAUGGCGAAUGAUAUGAAGACACUGGAAGAGAAUUUCAGACAGAAAAAUAAAACUUGUUUCAUUCUCGGUGCAUCUGGGGAGACCGGCAAGGAACUGCUGAAAGAGAUUGUUAGUCGACAGAUUUUCUCCAGAAUUACCCUGAUCGGGAGACGACAGUUGACCUUUGAAGACAAAACAUACGAAAACGUGAUUCAGGAGGUGGUGGAUUUUGAAAAGCUGGAUGAUUAUGCUGCAGCUUUUCAAGGUCAUGAUAUUGGAUACUGCUGCCUGGGCACAACAAAAGCCAAAGCAGGAACUGAAGGUUUUAUACGUGUUGAUCAUGACUACGUAUUAAAGUCAGCACAGCUUGCCAAGGAUGGAGGUUGCUCCCACUUCAAUCUUGAGUCUUCAAGGGGAGCAGAUAAAAACAGUGGCUUCCUCUACCUGAGAGUAAAGGGAGAAGUUGAGGCUGAUGUUGAGGAAUUGGGCUUUGAAAGAUAUUCCAUCUUCAGGCCUGCGGUCCUCAUGGUUGACCGGCAGGAGUCCAGACCAGCUGAGUGGUUGGCCAGGAAGUUUCUCGCCCCUGUGUCCUAUUUUUUUCCUACUGCCUUGUCCAUACCCAUAAAAUCAUUGGUUAGGGCAAUGGUUGUCAACACACUCAUUGAGGGGGAAAAAAAGGUGGAAAUCAUAGAGAACAAGGCCAUUUACAACUUUGGGAAGAUUGCAGAAAAGUGAAAAGAAGCCUGUGUUCAAAAAGUUAUUUAAUGUGAAUGUGCUUUUUUUUCUGAAUCUGUGCCUUUUCUUUAUGCCAGCUUAAUUUUUGGUUUGAAAGAGAUUUUGAAAGGUGUGGAAAUGAAUGGGAACAACAUUUUAAAAGGUGCCUUUUCCUAUUGUAUAUGCGUUUCAAAAACAUAUAAUAGAACUGCACCUAAACUGCAGAUGUAUUCAUGAUGCCUUUACAAGGUAGACAAGGGUGUCAGGGAUGAAUUUAAUUGCAUAUCUAGAAUUUGGUACCAAUGUAAUAUGAUUAUUUUUGCAUUGAUUGCAUUGGUUUGACCAAAGGUGAAAAAAUGUAAAUGCAGUGGUGUGUGUUUAUCACUUGAUUUCAUUUCUGUCACUUUUCUUUCUGUGAAAUAUGGAUGUGACUAUCUGGGCAAUACAGCUUUGAAUAUGUGUCCCUCAUCACUGCCAAACUGGAGAAAGACUCAAAAUAGUACAGUAUGAUCCCAGGUGACCUGGAUAUGGCUCUUGUUACGCCUUUCUUAGGCUACCAUUUGGUGCUCCUCGGAUGGGUAAUGGACCAGGUGGCAUGCCUGUUACUACCAGAAACUUGCUUAGAAUGGUUUUAAUCCUUGGAGCUAUUAUGCAAACUGUAUUGUUUCCAAAGGAGCUAAACCCCUAAUGCAAUCAAACCUUUUUCCAAUUGCUUUGGCUCUGCCCAGGGUGGAAGUGAUCUUUACAGCUAUACACCCUAUAUUGAAUGUCAUACACAGAAAAUAGUGCAAACAUACCCCCAGUGCAACCAGUCCUGCCCCCAGUGGCAGUGGUAUGCACCCCAUAAGUGCAUACACAUCAGUGAAAAUUCUGCUUGGUCAGGAUUUGCAAUGUAGAAACAUUAACUUAACACUACAAAUCAUGACUGUUACAGUUCAUGAUAAGAUCAGACAUUCCAGCACCUUCUGUCCUGGGGUGGACAUGGACACAGCUAUACUGCUUUUACAUCUACUCUAAUUUUAUGUGCUGUCAAAGGCUUUGCAUUCAUUUUAAUGUUAUCAUGAAACUGGCCUUCUGUUAUUGUUGACUUCAAACUUGAUUACAAAUAAAUGGUUGACUCCUA